UCAAACUUGGACUCAAAAAGUCUUGAGAAAUAUUCAAUGGCAGUGUUCAAAGUAACUUGUGUAGCUCUUGUGGCAGUGACAUUGCUCUACUUGGUCACACUCGGCGUAGCUCACCCGGUUGGUUUCAACUUUGGCUGGGGAUGGGGUAGUCACGGUGGAAAUGGUGGCCACGGUGGACACAGCGGCAAUGGUGGAGGAGGUUACUCUGGUCUUUCUCCAGAAUACUAUCAGUUCUCAUGUCCCCAAGCUAAUGACAUUGUCAUGUCUGUGUUGCACAAGGCCAUUGCAAACAAUCCCAGAGUGGCUGCCUCUUUGCUUAGGCUUCAUUUCCAUGACUGCUUUGUUCAGGGUUGUGAUGCAUCUGUGCUACUGGACGACAGCGCGACAAUUUCGAGUGAAAAGAAUUCUGGUCCAAACAAGAACUCACUUAGAGGGUUUGAAGUGAUAGAUGAGAUCAAGGCUAAGUUAGAAGAAGCUUGCCCUCAGACUGUUUCUUGUGCUGACAUUCUUGCCCUAUCUGCUAGGGGUUCAACUGUACUAAGUGGUGGACCAAAUUGGGUGUUACCUCUAGGAAGAAGGGACUCAACGACUGCAAGUUUAACUGGCUCAAACAGAAACAUACCUGCACCAAAUUCCACCCUCCCAACCCUCUUAAACUUUUUCCAGCGUCAAGGCCUCGAUGAAGUAGACCUUGUUGCACUCUCAGGAGGGCAUACGAUUGGGAUUGCAAGGUGUGUGACAUUCAGGCAGAGGCUGUACAACCAAAACGGGAAUAACCAACCUGACUCGACUCUUGAAAGAUCCUACUUAUUUGGUUUGAAAUCGGUUUGCCCUAGUUCAGGUGGUGACAACAACAUAAGCCCCUUGGACUUGUCUUCCCCUGCAAGGUUUGACAACUCCUACUUCAAGCUCAUACUUUUGGGAAAAGGACUUCUUACUUCUGACCAAGUGCUUCUCACCGGUAACGUGGGGAAGACAAUGGACCUGGUGAAGAGCUUUUCGGAUGAUGAGGGCCUCUUCUUCCAGCACUUUGCCAAGUCCAUGGUUAAGAUGGGGAACAUUAGGCCUCUCACUGGAUUAAAGGGUCAAGUUAGGAAGAACUGUCGCCGUGUUAACUAAAGUACUUAAUUAA